AUGCUUGCUUUAAAGAACUUGAAUGUUCUUUAUCUGGAUUCAAGCUCACAGAAAUGCAAGGAUAUAUCAACAAUGGCAACCAUCACAUUUACCAAAUCUGAACAAAGAACAAACAAAAGGCUCAGAUUAUCGCAGUCCUUCAUUCAGUUCCAGUGCCAACCACCAUUUUAUUGUACACCAAAAGUGCCUGUACCAACCGCUACUCAAGUGUAUGAUGUUAAAAGGAAAGUUAAAUUCAAACAGAACAGGAUACAGCCUGUCCCUGAAAAACCAGAAUGCCACGUAUUCCAGAGUCACCUAUCAGAUCAAAGGGUGCCUGAACAAACAGAAAUAGAUGGAGAAAGAUCUCAAGCACAAUACUUACGAGUUAAUCCAGAACUGAGUGGAGAAUCUUCAUUAGCUUUAAGCAUUACAGCAUCUUCCCUGUCUUCUUGUUCAAGACGUGGAAUGUCAGACUUUGUCAUUCUUCACACUGAUGAUGAUCUGGAAGCUGCAGGUUCUUUUAUGGAGCAUCUUCAAAGAGACAUUGGGAUACCAGACCUUACUGUAGAUUUGCUCAGUAACAUUGAUGCAGGAAAACCUGGGAUGCAAAGUUUGGCAACUUUACAUGAUAAUUAUAGAUACAUUUUGACAUAUGUAACAAAGAAUCUUGAAAGUGAUAAAUAUUGUAGGUACUUGGAUGAAAUUGUGUUGACAUUAGGUCUACGGGAAGCAAAUGGGAAAGAAGAAAGAGUAGUGCCAGUAUUAACCAGAAGAGGUUACUGUAACAUUAUAGAACUAAGUAUACUUGGUGGACUACAAUAUUUCAAUUUCCGUUCAAAUAGCACUCUCAUGAGUGAAUCAUAUGUUAACUGUGUAAAAAAUCUUGUUAAAACAGGGAGAGCUAAAUUUCCUUGAAGCAAGUCUAAAAAUAAAUUUAUCUCUUGUUUAUUUCUGUAAUAAAAUAAUAUUUAAUAUUG